AAAGCACCUCCCUGCAUCCUUGUCUGGAUGAGUCCAAUACAAAUCACGUGGAGUCUCAUGAUAACACUUCAUUGGUCUACGGUGGACCGACCAUAAAAAGCCUGUCCAUAAAGUGACGAGAGAUUACAAUUAGAGCAACCAGCUGAGGGUUUUUUUGAUCGGACCUGGAUUUUUGUUUGUUUUGUUUUAGAUUUCAAACAAACAUCACUAUAUUAUGAUACAAUGGAUUCCAUUAAGAAAUUGCUUCCCAAGACGUAUUUUCAAAGGAAACGGGUUGCUCAGGAGGUGUACGUUGUAGUCACUCAUUACAAAAACCUAAUGCCAGUGCUGGACAAUUAUGACACGAGCUACAACAUCCCAGUGUGCUUAUGGCUGGAUGAGAGCUACCCCAAGACAGCCCCUAUCUGCUACGUAAAGCCCACCAAGGACAUGGUGACGGUCAGGGGGAAACACGUGGACAGCAACGGGGAGGUGAUGCUGCCCUUUCUGCAGGAAUGGAGCCAGGAGACGUGUGACCUGGUGAGCCUUCUGCAGGUGAUUUCGGCCGUGUUCGGUGAAUCCCCGCCUGUGUGUGUCCGCCCCCCCCAGGAGACUGCCCAGGAGACGGCCCAGGAGACGGCCCAGGCCUCGUGCUCUCUCCAGUUCUACAGACAAGCAGAAGGACUUGAUGAAGACGCACAACUAUUUCUGACAACAGAAGAUGAUCAGCCUUUUCAUCAAGACAAUGAAACUAACUGUUAAAACCUACUAUAUAUUUUCCAUUAUAAAAUCAAUGUAGGCCUAUUAUACAUUUGUAAAUGUGUUUCCUUUAAUAUAGCAAUAUCCCCGCUAUUUAGUCUCACUGGCCUAUUGUUUGAUAAGUUUUGUAUUCUUUUUGAAGGUCAAUGUUUAAAUAAUUUUCUGCUGAUAUAUUCUAAAUAGACAUAGGUUAGUGUAGUAGCUAGGGUGUAUUAUACGCAUACAUAUGUCUAACACACAUACAUUUAUGCAUACAUAUUUGUAUAUGGUGUAUAGCCUUUUAGCCUACCUAAUGCAGUAAUCUUUCUCUCCUUGCUUCCCUCUACUUAUCUCUAUAUAUUGAAUGCAUGCGACCAGCUUUACAUAAGUCUCAAACAUUUGUGUUUUGUUAAUCAUGAUGCUUAAUACUGUAUAUAUAUCUUUAGUGAAAAUGACUACAGUAAUCUGUCUGUCCCCAGUGUUUUACAGUUCACAAGAUGUGAUGACAAAUGUUAUUUCUGUUCCAGGCUAGUUCCUAUGUGUUUUUAUUUGGUAAUCUACGUUUUAAGAAUUGAUGAAUACAAGCUUGAGAUUGAUUAUUAAUUAAUUACAGCAAAUUGUUGUGUUUUAUAUGUGCAUGCAUGUAGGCCUAUGUCUGCAGAUAUGCAUGUAUGUAUGCAUGUGUUUAUGUUGGUGAAGGGAUAUACAGACAUUCUUUGUACAGUUUGUUGAUUGUUGUAUACCCAGCUCAAAUAAAAA